AUGAUUGAUGAUGAUGAUGAUGAUGAUGAUGAUGAUGAUGAUGAUGAUGAUGAUGAUGAUGAUGAUGAUGAUGAUGAUGAUGAUGAUGAUGAUGAUGAUGAUGAUGAUGAUGAUGAUGAUGAUGAUGAUGAUGAUGAUGAUGAUGAUGAUGAUGAUGAUGAUGAUGAUGAUGAUGAUGAUGAUGAUGAUGAUGAUGAUGAUGAUGAUGAUGAUGAUGAUGAUGAUGAUGAUGAUGAUGAUGAUGAUGAUGAUGAUGAUGAUGAUGAUGAUGAUGAUGAUGAUGAUGAUGAUGAUGAUCAUGUGUUUAAAUGA